AUGCACUGGGAGAAAAUAGAGAUCAAGGUGAAGCGUCAAGAGCCCAUCCCAGGCAAAUCGCCGGGGAGGAAAGGCGGCAAGCACGGUCCAGGGAGGAAAUGGGGUCACACGUUAAAUGCCGUCAACUAUGGUCGUCAGGUGUACGUCUUCGGAGGUUAUGGCAAGGACGAACGGCAGACAAACGACGUCUACGUGUACAACACAACCAAGGACGCGUGGAGCAAGCCGAACAUCAAGGGCACGCCGCCGUCGCCGCGCGACAGCCACACGAGCACGGUGGUGGGCAGCAGGCUGUUCGUCUUCGGCGGCACGGAUGGGUCGUCGGGGCUCAACGACCUCUACAUGCUCGACACCUCAACCAACACGUGGACGCGCCUAGCAGCACAGGGGGACGUGCCAGCAGCGCGCGAGGGGCAUGCAGCAGCGCGGGUGGAGGGGCUGGUGUACGUGUUCGGGGGGUGUGGAAAGGCAGGCGAGGGGGGAACGGUGGACGAGACUUACUACAACGACGUGCAUGUGUUCAACCCUGACACGAUGCGGUGGGCAAGGGUGGCGACAACAGGCACAGCACCAUCGCCGAGGGACAGCCACAGCUGCUGCGCGUGGGGCAACCAGCUGAUCGUGUUUGGCGGGGAGGACUCGCGCAAUUGCUACCUCAGUGACGUCUUCGUUCUGGACACCAGCUCGCUGGUGUGGAGGGAGGUGAGGGCGAGGGGGCAGAAGCCUCUACCCCGAGCAGGCCAUGUGGCGGUGACGGCAGGGCGCUACAUGGUGGUGUUUGGGGGCUUCACGGAUGAGAGGCGCCUAUUCAACGACCUCCACGUGCUUGACCUCUCAUCGGAGCACUGGCAGCAGUACACGCCCACAGGGGACGUGCCCUCACGGCGCUUCUCCCUCUCAGCCGACCUGCUGGACACAGUAUCGGGCAAGAUGAUGCUCUUCGGGGGCUGUAAUGACGAUUUGGAAGCAUUGGAGGAUGCGUAUUUCCUCCACACAGGCAAGAUGAUGCUCUUUGGGGGCUGCAAUGACGACUUGGAAUCACUGGAAGAUGCAUACUUCUUGCAUGCAGGUAUGAUGAUGCUUUUGGGGAAGCUUGUAUCUAGAGCUAGAGCAGGCCCGCUGGACACAGUGUCAGGCAAGAUGAUGCUCUUCGGGGAAAAAGGUGAGAUGAUGCUGUUGUUGGGGAAACUUGUGUCUAGAGCCGACGUGCUGGACACAGUGUCGGGCAAGAUGAUGCUCUUAGGGGCUGUAAUGACGACCUGGAAGGCAUUGGAGGAUGCUUACUUCGUGCAUACAGUGUCGGGCGAGAUGGUGCUGUUCGGGGGCUGUAACCACGACGUUGAAGCACUGGAAGAUGCCUACUUCUUGCGUGCAGAUUUCGGGUCGCAUGCAGUGGAGUUCCCCCGGCCGCGGGUGCAGCGGCGGUCAUUUGAUUCAAUGCCCAUGCCCAUGGCCAUGGCCAUGGAUGGUCGCAUGGGCAUGGAUGCUGGCGUGGGCAUGUGCGGAGGGGGAAUGCCCUUGGGCAUGUGCGGCAAGAGAGGAGAGGGCGCAGAGGGCGUGUGGGUGCGGGGUGCGGAGGGUGUGUAUGAGGCGGGCGGCAUGGAUGGUGACGAUGACGAUGAUGGGUAUCGACGCCCUGCCAGACGCAUGCGAGUCCCGCAAGUCUCACCAGUGCUGCCACCAGGCCUGCACCCAGCGGACCUGAUAGCACCGGCGGGCAGGGAGGUGCCGUUUGAGGCGCAGAUAGUCGACGUUUUCCACCUCGGCUACUGCCUGCGAGCGACUGUGGCCGGUAGACCACUGCACGGACUGCUCUUCUCCUACGACCCUUCUUUCGCUCAAGCUGCUCUGGCACGCCAAGCCCAAAGGCAAGCAGGCACAAGGUCAUCCCGCCAGCCCCCACCCCCUCCACCGCAUCUCACAUUCUCUCCGGAAACCGGCACCCACACCAUCACUGGUAGUGACAAUUCUUCUUCAAACGAGUCGGCUUCUAGCGAAUUUGAUUCCACUGGUGAUAGCCGAGCCAACGAUGCUCCGCAAGUCCCGGGAAGGAGCCCCGGUUCGCCGAAUCCAGUACCUAGAUCUCGGCCGUCCGAUUUGGACAUCCCGUUCGAUCCUGCGGUCGACGCAAUGAUCGCGGCGGAGAUGGCGGGGAGGAAGAGCAACGACCCACCUCCACCAGCUGAAAAAGAGAGACAAGCCACCCAGCUGGGCACGCUGCUGAAGCAGUUUGUCCGCGUGGCAGCACCCUAUUGGUCGUCGGAGGACAAGGGCCAGGCGCGGCUGCGACUGGCGGCGGUGUUUGUGUUCGCGCUGGGCUGCACUGGCGUCUCCGUGCUCUUCAACUUCUUAUAUCGAGACUUCUACAACGCUAUAGCGAGCAAGGACGAGGAGGCCUUUCUGAGGCAGCUCUUGUGGUUUCUCGGAGCCACUGUGGGGGGUGUGCCGGUGUUUGUGUUCCGGGACUAUCUGCGUGACACACUGGCGCUGCGGUGGCGGGCGUGGAUGACAACAGACCUGCUCAACAAGUACUUCCAGCACCGCACCUUCUAUAACAUCCAGUCGCAGUCUCUAAUAGACAAUCCCGACCAGCGGAUCAACGAGGACGUGGCUGACUUCACCACCACCUCGCUCACCUUCUCCCUCGCGCUCGUGAACGCCAUCGUGGAUCUCAUCUCCUUCUCCGGCAUCCUCUACUCCAUCUACCCGCCGCUCUUUGCUGUGCUUCUGGCGUAUUCCCUUGGAGGCACGGCAAUUAGCGUGUGUGCUAUACUGGAUCUCAUCUCCUUCUCCGGCAUCCUCUACUCCAUCUACCCGCCGCUCUUUGCUGUGCUUCUGGCCUACUCCUUGGGGGGCACGGCAAUCAGCGUGUACCUGGGAAGGGUGAGUGCGGCUAGCAUGCCCCUUCCUUGCCUAACUUCCCUUCCUCUCUCCCAUUCCCGCUCACAGGAGCUAGUGGGGCUGAACUUCCUGCAGGAGAAGAAGGAGGCGGACUUCCGCUACGGGCUGGUGCGCGCGCGCGAGAACGCCGAGAGUAUCGCAUUCUACGGCGGCGAGAGGAGUGAGACGCGCCUGCUGCUGCAGCGCUUCCGGCAGUCCUUUGCCAACUACGCUCGCCUGCUGGUAGUGGGGCGCAACCUGGACUUCUUCACCAGCAACUACCGCUAUCUCAUCCAGCUGCUGCCAGCAGCCGUGGUGGCGCCGCUUUACUUCCGAGGGGAGAUAGAGUUUGGAGUCAUCAACCAGUCUUUCUCCGCUUUCAACCACGUGCUCGGGGAUUUCUCCAUCAUCGUGUUUCAGUUCCAGGCGUUAUCGCAGUUCUCUGCAAUUGUUGAACGUCUGGGCGAGUUUCAGGAGGUGCUGGACGACCAGAGCAAGCCAGCAGCGCUGCCAGCUGCCUCUGCAGGCGCUGCUGCUGCAGCAGCAACCACGGGCAGCAGCAAAGAGGAGAAGGAUGGUCAAGCUGUGUCGGCAGACGGGGAGGAGGAGAAGGGGAGAGGGUCGGAGCAUGCAACAGCAGCUGAGGCAGCUGCAGAGCACCUAGCGUCGCUGGUCAACAGCUUCAUCACCAUCGAAAACGUCAUCCUCCCGACUUCUGCUCCCUCUCUCCCUCCCCCACUGCUGCCUACCUCUGCCACCCCAAAUCCCUCUCACUCCUCCACCUCCUCCGCCCCCGCCUCUGGCUCUGCCUCCGUCUCCCCCCGUGUGUUGCUCGAGGUGGACCGUCUCACUCUUUGCACGCCGCAGUACGCCUCGUGCCUGCUCUCUGGCCUCUCGCUCUCCGUCAAGCAAGGCGAGCACCUGCUG